AAAUCCCAUUCAAAUUUAAUAAAGCAGCAUAAUAAUCAAUUCGUAUGAGUGUCCACUGAACAAAAUUGGGAGCAGGAAAACCGUGCAAGCUAAUGGCGGCCGGCGUUUCCGCAUCCGCUGCAUCUCUCUGUGCGCAAGCGCCGCCUCUCUUCAACCGCCCAUCGUUUUCUCGCAUCCUCUUCUCCAACCUAUUUCUCAGAAACCCUAACCCCACUUCCUCCCCUGCCUCAAUAAUUGUCUCCGGACCUCGAGACAAUCGCCAGCCACUCCGCCGAGGCCGCACGCUGAGCAGUGAAGCCAUUCUCACCGUCCAAGCCCUCAAACGUGCGCGCAAUGACGAGGCGGAAGUUAACCGCAUCAUUUCUACCUCUGUGGCCCGUCUCAUCAGGGCCGACCUUCUCGCGGCCCUUACCGAGCUCCAGAGGCAGGAUCAGUGGCAGCUAGCCCUCAAGGUAUUCGAGGCCGCUCGAAGAGAAAACUGGUAUAGGAUCGACUGCGCGCUCUAUGCUGACAUGGUUGGGUCUCUGACGAGGAGCAAAACUGAUUCCGAGAUUGACCUCCUGAUGGUGGAGCUCUUGGAAGAGUUACAAUUAGGUGGGGGUGUUGCGGCUGGGGAUCUCCGUGGACCUGCUCGACUCGUGAAAGCUCUGGUUGCGGCAGGGAAGGGAAAGGCAGUAAAGGAUGUGUACAAGAUGAUGAAGAGAGGAGGUUGUGAGCCAAAUGAGUACUUGUUCAAGUUUAUGAUAAAGGGAUUGAGGAGAUUAGGGGAGGAGGAUGCGGCUUGUGAGAUAGAGAAGGAUUAUGAGCUCUGGGGUUUCGGCGGCCAUGGGGGUGAACUGCUAACUAUUUGAUGAACUGCCAAUGGGAAACAUCUGGGCACUGUUUUAUCUUGCUAUGGGUUGAUUAUGAAGAUUCAAUAGAAGUCUUUGCGCAUCACUGCUGUCUUUCUAGGGAUUCCGCUCGUCGAUCUUACAUCACGGAUCAAUGGCAUUUGCAGAAUGGCCAGGAGGGGAUCCAUGGGCAUCCAUUUGAGCAGCAAUUCUUCAGUUGAUCAAAGCUCAGUAAGUUUUGCAAUAGCUACUUAUGGUGGAGAUAUUUUACACUGUUGUGCAAGCUGUAUGGCUAUUCAUGUCUGAUGUCAACAACUUUUAACCAUAUUGAUGAUAGUUAGAUUGCUAGGAAAGGCCUAGAUUUUGAUUUCCAUGCUUCAAUUUGGUGCUGCUUGUUUACUAUUUUGUGAAAAGUUGUUUAUUUUAGUAUAGCUCGUUUUGCUACAAGUAUCAUUUAGUAAAUCUUGUAAAUUUGGAU